GUGAUACAGCUGUGAAGACUGAAGCUCAAGCAGUUACAGAGGAGUAACAGCUGCAUCUGCAAACAUCAAAUGAAAUCACGGAACACAACAAAAACUGUGAUCUGAAGCUAUGGGAUGUGGAACAUCAGUAAAAACUGAAAACCAAACCAAGAAGUCUGAAAAAGCAAUAAAAGCAGCCAUCCUGAUACAGAGGUGGUAUCGAUUCUACACAGCCCGACUGGAAAUGAGAAGGCGUUAUUCGCUCAGUAUAUUUCAGUCCAUAGAAUAUGCAGAAGAACAAGCUCAACUUCAGCUCUCCAACUUUUUUAACUUUAUGAUGGAUCACUUUGCGCAAAUAAAUGGGCAAGGACCAGAUUUGAUAUCUGAUAUAUUCAACUCAAAAGAAGGACAGAAGCAACAUAUGGACUAUGAAAUGGUUGAUGUUCCCGACACCUAUGAUGGUCCUCGACUUUCAUUCCCUCUGACUGUGUCUGACACUAACAGUCUCCUGGGUGCUUUUAAGCAAGAAAAGCAACUUCAUGCCCGAUAUGUUUUACAAUUGUUUCAUGAAACUAAGAAAUUUCUCAAACAAAUGCCAAAUGUUGUUCAUGUAUCUUCAUCAUAUUCUAAGGGGAUAACAAUUUGUGGUGACCUACAUGGAAAGUUGGAUGAUCUUUUGCUAAUAUUCUACAAGAAUGGUCUUCCUUCACCAGAAAAUCCUUAUUUGUUUAAUGGAGAUUUUGUAGACCGAGGAAAGAAUUCAGUUGAAAUAUUGAUAAUACUCUUUGCAUUCCUUCUUGUCUAUCCUAAUCAUUUACAUUUGAACAGAGGGAAUCACGAGGAUCCCAUCAUGAACCUAAGAUAUGGCUUCACGAAAGAAAUAUUGCAAAAGUAUAAGUGCCAUGGACAAAAAAUGAUUUGUCUUUUGGAAGACAUCUACAGCCAGCUGCCUUUUGCUACCAUUAUUGAUAGCAAGAUACUUAUUUUACAUGGAGGAAUAUCAGACUCAACUGACCUUGAUUUCCUGUCCUCAAUUGAAAGAUGUAAGUUUAAAUCUGCCCUGCGUCCACCAAAGUCACAGAAGGCCAACAAACCAAACCCACAUAAACCAGACAUGGAAAUGGUGACCUCCGGUCAGAGAAAACCCAGCAAUACAGAUGAAUGCUACUCUCCAUCAUUGUUUUCAAGUUCUAAUGAACCAUCUAGUAUGGUGGAAAAUGGAGUGAGCCAUAACGGCAUUCUUGAGAUACAUUACCUGGACUCAAAAAUUCAAUUGCCUGAUAUGACUCCAGAUCUAACAGCAAUAGAACGAGAUGAAUGGAAACAGAUUGUGGACAUAUUGUGGAGUGAUCCUAGAAACCAAAAUGGCUGCUUACCAAACAGUUUUCGAGGCGGAGGUUGUUACUUUGGUCCAGAUAUUAGCACACAGUUCCUUAAUAAGUACAAUUUCAAAAUGUUAAUAAGGUCACAUGAAUGCAAACAGGAAGGCUAUGAGAUAUGCCACAGUGGAAAGGUUGUAACCAUUUUUUCGGCUUCUAAUUAUUAUGAUGAAGGUAGCAACAGAGGAGCAUACCUGAAACUGAGCCCAGACUUAACCAUGCGCUUUGUGCAGUAUCAAGUUAGUAAAUGCACACGCAAACUCACGCUUCAUCAGAGAGUAAGUGCAGUGGAAGAUUCCGCUUUGAAAGCUCUCCAGGAAAAAAUUUAUGCUCACAAAACAGACCUCAUAAAAGCUUUUAAAGAGCAUGACCCAAAGGGAACAGGAACAAUAUCCACCAGUGAGUGGGCAUCUUCAGUUGAAGCUGUUCUGCACUUAGACCUACCUUGGAGGACUUUACGUUCCAGACUAGUUAGACUUACUUCUGAUGGAAAUGUGGAAUAUCUCUCAUGUUUUGAAGAUCUUCAGAUGGAACGCCCAAUAAAAACAGUUGAACCUAGCUUAAUAGAAAUAUUACACAGAUACAGAGCUGACUUGGAAAUCAUAUUUAAUAUCAUUGAUAAGGAUCACUCAGGCCUUAUCUCUAUUGAAGAGUUCCGCCAGACAUGGAAGCUUUUCAGCACUCACCUUCACAUUGACAUAGAUGAUUCAACUAUCGAUGACUUGGCCCACAGCAUUGACUCGAACAAAGAUGGCGGUAUUGACUUUCAUGAAUUCUUGGAAGCCUUUCGCGUGGUUAAGAAGUUUGAUAUUAUGGACAGCAAGAAUAUAUAUGUAAAGUAGACUAACACAAAACACUUUAAGGGAAAAUUGUUAUUUAUCUUGUAUCCAAAAUGUGACUGGGUUAGGCAUAAAGAUCUGAUUUGGCAGCAACAGCUUGUCCCUUGCUGUAUAUGUGAGGGUUUCACCAUACAUAAAAGAACAUACAUGUUUUUUUUUAGUCAUCAUGAAUAAAAUAUAUUUCAUUGUUCGGUAAUAUUUGCACAGUUCAAAAUACCUAGUACAAAAGAGAAGACAUUUAUACACUGACUUUAACAUUCCAGAGAAGGUAAUUAAUCAACUAUAUAUAUACCUUUCAAUUCAUCAAGCUGUAAAAAGUCAUACCAGCCUUGACUAAAUGUAGGGAGAGCAAUGGAAAAGACAUUAUGACUAAAUAUUGAAUAUACAAUGUAACUUUUGUGCAUUCAAUGUAGGCAUUCUUAUAGACUUGACAGUAUGUGCAUUAUUUUUGUAUGUGUCAAUUUUAAACAAUCUGUUUCACAUACUCUGCUGAAUUCAAAACAUUUGUAAAUAAAUAGUU